UGGGGAGGUGAGGAGGGUUGUUGGGGAAUUGGAUGGUUUUGGAGUUCGGUGUUUAUUUGUUGGAUUUUGCGUUUGGAUUCAGUUAGCAGAUUUGAAUUUGACUAAUAGUAGGCAGGCAGGCAUUGAUUUGAUUUGGAUUUGAAGAAAUGGGAGUAGAAGGGAAACACGAAGAUCAUUGGUCUGCUUCGGUAUUUAUAUCCUGUUUUCUUCCUUGUUUAUCUAUUCUCUCCCAUACAUCUCCAUUAUGAUCAGAUACAAAACCCAAACAACAAGAAAACCCCCCCUUUCUUCCUACCCAGCUCUCCCAAAAACCAAAAGGAAAAAAAAAGCACAAUAACCUAACUUAACCUGACCAAACCCAAUAAAAGGCCUACCAAAACUCUGCAUCCUUCGUCCCCAGACUCGCUACCAAAGUUCUAGAUUGGUUGGAUGUACAAAGCGAUGAUGUUAUUCUAGACAUUGGAUGCGGAGAUGGAAUUAUUCCCGUGCAACUUGCUGCUACCCUGGCGAAAGGCUCGGGAUGUAUUCAUGGAGUUGAUAGUUCGGAGGAUAUGAUUGCUGCUGCGAAGAAAGCUGCUGUUAGGGAGGGGGUGGAGGGGUUUUGUAGGUUUGAGGGUGAGUUUUUAUGAGAUUGUUUUUUUAAUUGGGUGUGGGAUGGAGAUGGAAAGGAAGAUGAGGAAAGGGAAGAAGGGAGGAAAGAAAUAAACGAAAGAUAAAAAACUAACGAUAAAAGUCCUCGAUGCUUCCUCUGAAUUAUCCACACUCCCUUCCGGUACCUACACCAAAAUCUUCUCCAACGCAGCUCUGCACUGGAUUCUCCGACGCGAAUCCAUCCGCAUCUCGUUCUUCAAACAUAUUCUCAGGCUUCUGAAACCUGGUGGGAUUUUGGUCUUCGAAAUGGGCGGUAUGGGUAAUGUAGCUGAGAUGCGAACCGCGUUGCUGAGUGUGGUGGGAAGGAGAUGUGAUGGGGGUUUGCGGAGGGUGAGGGAAUGUGAUCCUUGGUUUUUUCCUGAUGAGGUGUGGAUGAGGGAUGUACUUUCUGUUGUGGGUUCGGGUGAUGGAGAUGGAGACGGAGGUGGAAAUGCAGAGGAUGCAAAGCUUGGUGUAGGGAAAUGGAAAAUUGAAAAAUUGGAGAGGGAAUAUAGAGCUACGGAGGCGGAUAAAGGAGGCAUAGAAGGAUGGGUUAGGUUAAUGGGGAAACAGUUUUUUGAUGUGUUAGGAGAGGGAAAGGAAAGGAUGGAAGCGGAGAAUGAAGUUUGUCAGGUGCUGGAGAGUGUUUGUAGGAGUCCUGGGGGUGGCGAUUGGAUUGGUUAUGUGAGGUUGAGGGGCGUUGUUAGAAAGUUGUGAAGAAAAUGCUAAGGUUUGUAGGACAGAGUGUGCGAGACUUCUGUCAGGGAGGAAAGUGUUGGGAUGAUAUACUCAAUGGUUUCAAAUGUUAUUCUUCUUUCUGUGUUUAGUUUUCGAGUAGUUCUGUGGAAUAAACGAACGGUUUAUUCUAUAAGCGCUUUUGAUUUAAAACUCUUCUCC